UAUAUUAUUUGUUCAAAUGGCAAACAAGUUGAAAAUUACAGUUGUAGGUGAUGGUACCGUUGGAAAAACGUGCAUGUUAGUUGUGUAUACAACUGGAAUCUUUCCUGAAGAAUAUAUUCCAACAAUAUUUGAAAAUACUAUUCACAAUAUAACUGUUGGUGAUAAAACAUAUGAAGCUACAUUGUGGGACACUGCAGGACAGGAAGCAUAUGAGAGACUUCGAGCAUUAUCUUAUCCCAAAACAAGUUGUUUAUUGGUUUGUUAUUCAGUUGAUAAAUCUUUACCAUCAUAUAAUAAUAUUCGUAAUAAAUGGGCAGCAGAACUGAGGCACCAUCUACCAAAUUGUCCCCUAAUUUUAGUUGGUACUAAAAUAGAUUUGAGAAAUGACCCAACAAAGACCUGCUACACUCAGGAAGAUGGCAAUAACCUGAAGAAAACCAUCAAGGCAGCAAAAUAUAUGGAAUGUUCCGCCAAAGAUUCCGUAGGUAUAAAUGAAAUCUUUCAAGAAGCAGUACGAAAAUCACUGUCUGUCAAAGGGCUUGGCAAGAAACGUGAAUGCUCAAUCCUCUAAAAGUACC